GACCACCUCCAUAUCUGACACCCAUUUCAAGCGUGCUCAGAAGAGGUCCUAAAGUUGCAGGAUGGCUAUGACUGACGUGCUCAGCGCUGAGGAUAUCAAGAAGGCUGUGGGAGCCUUUUCAGCGGCUGAAUCUUUUAACUACAAGAAGUUUUUCGAGAUGGUAGGAUUGAAAAAGAAGAGCCCAGAAGAUGUGAAGAAGGUUUUCCAUAUUCUUGAUAAAGAUCGCAGUGGCUUCAUUGAAGAGGAAGAACUAAAGUUUGUACUGAAGGGCUUUACCCCAGAUGGAAGAGACCUAUCAGACAAAGAAACAAAGGCUCUUCUGGCUGCUGGAGAUAAGGACGGUGAUGGUAAAAUUGGCGCUGAUGAAUUUGCAACUCUGGUGGCUGAAUCAUAAAGGCUUUGACCAAUGCAAACCCUUCACCCACCCUUCACUGCCCAAUUCCAACCACCUCCUGCUGACUGCUUUGGCUCCUGUUCUAUUUAUUUAUGUUAUUUUAUACUCCAGCUCUGUUCUCUGCAAUCCUGCAACUCUGUAAUUGUGCUGAAAGACACUGUUAAAGUAAUAAAGGUCAUAUCAGUCUGGGCUUUA